AUGGUCAGUUGUGAAUCCGAUAUGGAACAUUCGGAUUCAGCGAUUGCGUCGCCUCUUUCUGCCCUAACCGACGCUUUUGAAGAGCUCGUUGAAAAGGUUAAGGAUUUCAAGAGCGGUACAUCCGAUCAUAUUCGAUUAGAUUAUUUCUGCGAAAUCGUUUCUCUUGUUACUGUUCUUUUCCGUUGUCUUGGCCUUGCUUUCAAAUUCGCUGAAAUGGAAUAUGUUUCUAAGCUACAUGGACUAGUGGAAGCAUCAAAGAGGUAUCAGAUGCUACAAGAUAUAAUUGACCAUGAUGUGGCAAAUGACACGGUCAAAACAUCGGGAAGCUAUUCACGUAAUCUACGCAGAGUUCGGCAGGGUAUUGAUCUCGUUAGAGCUAUAUUCGAACAACUUUUGACAACCAGUGAUAUUUCUCUGAAAGAAGUGGCUUCAACAGCCUAUGGAGAGGUUUGUGCGCCAUAUCACUCGUGGACAGUCAGAACGGCUGUGUAUGCUGGGAUGUAUACACUUCCGACGCGAGACCAACUGUUUUUGAAGCUCAAUGAAACAGAGAAAACAGCGGAAAAGAAGAUGAGAAGGUACAUUAGUGCUUCGCUACCGGUUAUAGAAUACAUUGAUAAACUAUACCUUUCUCGAAAUAUUGUAUUGGAUUGGUGA